AUGAGAGGAGUCCGGUAUCGUGGGAGGAGUUUGCGCUGGGACCCACAAAACUUUUGCGCGUCUCUCGGACUUAGUGUGGAGUUUGUUGAAGGUGUGUUGUGGCCCGGAGCCGUCAUCAUUGCGUCGGAGUGGAGUUGCCGUGGCAGCCCUGAUGGGGCGCAGGAGGAUGGUGGCGAUGAAGGACUUGCAGACGGGGCGGACCGUGGAUUGGACGGCGACCCCGAGGGAGUGUGGAGUCCAGACAUUGAGCAGAGCUUUCAGGAAGCUCUGGCCAUCUACCCUCCCUGCGGCAGGAGGAAGAUCAUACUUUCAGACGAAGGGAAGAUGUAUGGUCGAAAUGAACUGAUAGCUCGCUAUAUCAAGUUACGAACGGGGAAGACGCGCACACGCAAACAGGUGUCUAGUCACAUUCAGGUUCUGGCACGUAAGAGGGUACGAGAAUACCAGACCAGCAUCAAGGCCAUGAACUUGGACCAGGUAUCCAAAGACAAGGCGCUGCAGACGGUAGCCAACCUCUCAUCAGCUCAGAUUGUGUCUGCUAGUGUAAUGAAAUCCCAGACUCCGUUCCCUCCACCAGUCAGAUUUUGGCCCGGCCCUAUGCCAGGACAGCCUGGACAUUCUCAGGACAUCAAACCCUUUGCACAGCCACCGUACACUACACUACCAGCCCCUGUCCCUGCACCUAUCAGAAUGGCAGGUUAUGAACCCCUGCCUCCCCCACGUCCCGCAGCUAUAGCAGCUCCCGUAUGGCAAGACAGAACCAUCGCCUCAGCAAAACUACGGCUACUGGAGUAUUCUGCUUUCCUGGAGACACAGAGGGACAGAGAGACGUAUAAACACCUUUUCGUGCACAUUGGCCCAUCAAACCCAGGCUAUAACGACCCAGUGUUGGAGUCCAUAGAUGUGAGGCAGAUUUACGACAAGUUCUCUGAGAAGAAAGGAGGCCUGAAGGAGCUUUAUGAAAAAGGGCCGCACAACGCAUUCUUCCUCGUGAAGUUCUGGGCGGACCUGAGCAGUGACAUCGAGGAGGGUUCCGGUGUGUUCUAUGGAGUGAGCAGCCAGUACAGUGGAACAGAAAACAUCACCAUCAGUGUCUCAACAAAGGUCUGCUCCUUUGGCAAACAGGUGGUCGAGAAGGUCGAGACUGAAUAUGCACAUAUGGAAGGAGGGAAGUACGUGUUCCGCAUCCAUCGUUCGCCCAUGUGUGAAUACAUGAUCAACUUCAUCCACAAGCUCAAACACCUGCCAGAGAAAUACAUGAUGAACAGCGUACUGGAGAACUUUACCAUCCUCCAGGUGGUGUCCAACAGAGAAACUCAGGAGACUCUGCUGUGCAUCGCCUUUGUGUUUGAAGUGUCCACCAGCGAACACGGAGCACAGUACCAUGUUUAUCGACUAGUUAAUGACUAGCAGCGCGUUGCGUGAAUGCAGAGACUCUCCACAGACUUUUUGAUACAUAACAGCGUAAACACUAUUUCCAGUUGAAACACACACACACACACACACACACACACAAACCCCACUCCGCUACUCUAAAACACUCACUUGUUUUUAACAGACCAACAGUCACACUGUAGUCACACCUGUUGUUUGUUUAAUAUGUAUGCAUUUCCAUCAAGCUAUGCACACAUUUCCCAACAACAUCCCAUGCCUUAAACACUAAAAAGAAAUCCAUUUUUUGACCGAUUUACAACCAAAAACGUGGUGUUGUUAUCAGGAAGUGUUGUGACGUAAUAAUUCAGUCACCUCUUGCAAACAUGUCUCCGUGUACAGCUCAAAAUAUCACAGUUCACUAACAACAUUACUUUUUUUUUUCAUUAGAAAUUAAACUGACAAACAUCAAACCAGCAAAAAGGCUAAACAACAUUUUAUGAAGUUUUAAUAUGUGAUUCUUUCACAAUAUACAUCAUAUGAAUGAAUAUGAUCAUUUCCUGGGGAAUUUUCCGAGCAUAGGUGUGACUGAUGUGAGACGAGUUUGAAUAUAGGUUGACAAACGAAUCAUUUAAUCAGUGUUAAUGUAACUCUGCCACAACGACUAUUUCUUCUACAGUUUGUAGUAUCUCUGUAAGGUAGGAAUUGAUUGAGCCUAUAAUGGUGUCUCCUCUAUCACUGCUUUAGUGUGGAAUAAUGAUCUCCAGCUACUUUAAUCAAAACUCCAAGGAUCACAUGACAUAAAGUAUGAGUGUGCCUCUUCUCAGAAUGUAAUGCACUACAUGUAAAGACGUAAAAGCUGUAUUUAUAUUUGAGAAACUGUCAAAGUGUAAAGAGAGCCAUCGUUCUAGGCGCAUUUACUGUUUUUUAAAGGUUUCCAUUGGUACAGGGUGUGGAGGGAUCUCUUGAUGAAAUCUCAAGGAGGUUUUUUAGGUUUGGCUCACUUGUCUUUCUGAAAACAAAAUAGUUCACAGCCAGUUUCAGAUUCAGUUCACACUCGGGCGUUAGCAGCAGUUUGAAUGAAAGCAUUAUCUUCACUGUUGAUUGACACAAUACAAGUGUUUUUACAAAGACUGUGUGAGCUUGCUGCAGUAUUUCUACCUCCAUGUGAGUUGGGAUAAGAAUGUGCUUUGGUUCGUAAAGCCUAAACCUGAGGAGCACUGAUGUAUAGGAUGUGUACACUACACUUGUAAUGGUACUGUUUAUAAGCCAAAACAAGGUAAAUACUCAUUUUUGUAAAGAUGAACUAUCUUUUAUUUUGUAUUUUACCAGCACAGCUAGAAGUGUUACUCUAAACAUCAUAUAUGAUGGGUGUUUUGGUUGUAUCUUUUUUUGAUGUAUGCAAAAUGAUGUAUGGUACAGACCACACUAAGGUCACCCACAGUGCACUGGGGUAGAUUUGUUUUGCCUGAUAACACUAGCAAAUUAUUCAGCUUACACUUGCUUCCCUCCCCCUCUUGUUCUAUGUAAUGUUUUUGGUUUCUGGUACACGUGGCUACCAGCAUUUUUUUUUUUUUAUAGUAAAUGUUAUUUGACUCUAUGAUGCCCUCUCAUGGCAGGAUUGUCUUUAACCAUGUGGUGGGAGACAAGGAUUUGUCUUGAUUUUGAAAGUAGGAGCCAACUGGGUCUGUUUUAAAAUAACUAUAUUCACUGUGUGCUCAGCCAAAAUUGUUAUUCUUUUAUUUUUCUCUGUCUGUGUACUCUGGUUGGCUGUGCCUCAUCACUCCUUUGGUCAAGUAUGCUCAGUGAAUUAAAUCUGUGCCUUUUUAUGCUGAAAUAAAAUCACAUGGUGUUUGCAGAA